AAAUUAUCCACACGGUACUGUAACUAAGCACGUUCCAUUCCAUCGUCUUGGAAUUUUUGUCUUCUGUUCGCAAUAUAAAAAUUUUGCUGGUAUAACAUCCUUAUUUCUUGGAAAAUUUGAAAUGGCACCAAUCCUUGGUUACUGGAAUAUAAGAGGGGUAAGCUGAUUGCUUAUAUUCUUGAUAAUGAUAAUGAUAUUGUUACAUUUAUAUACUGAGCACUUUUGUAUUAAAAUCAUAUCAAAAGGCAUAUCAAUAUAUGAAAUCUUGCUUGUUUUAACAAUAAGAAUACGUACUUCAAACACAGUAUAAGCACGAUAAUUGGUGCGGCGAUCCGCAUUAAAAUGUUUUAUCAAACGACAAAUGAUGAGACGAAGAUAUACCAGUAAUACAGCACCAAUGCAUUGCGCAAUUUAUUAUAUAAAUUUAUAUUCAUAAAUUAAAACAACAUUGAAUCACUAUUGAAUACAGUAAUUAUAAAUUAAUUAUACUUUGGCAAGUACAAUUGUUGGUUUUGUGUAUCCAAAAUUUUUACGAUUUAUUCAAAUUUUUACGAUUUAUUCAAAUUUUUAUAGCCCCUCCCAUUUCCCCACCCUUAGCAGUAGAGUCGGAAUUUGUUUUGGUUGGGCAUUUAGCGCAAACGUUGGGCAAAUUUUCGGCCGCCCCCUAAUUUUUUCUCUCCCAUAGACUGAUGGAUGGUACACAUGUUUGGCAACAUUAUUGUUUAUAUAAAUUUGGACAAAUGAUAUAUAGAACAUUUUUGUUGUAUAGCUUGCCCAACCAAUCAGAUUAUUACUGGAGUAUACAGAAACAGAGUAUGAAGAUAAACGCUACACUUGCGGUCCUCCUCCAGGUAAUGUUACAAAACCCAAUUUUAUAAAGUAUACAUGAUUUAUUGAAAAUUCUCUACACUGAUUGGUUGCCACCAUAAUGGGUCAUUCCAGAAAACAUCCAUACCACCCCCACGGAGGAAAUAGGAAGUUAACCCCCCUACCCCCUUUGGAUGUCCUAAUACAUUUACUAUUAUCCGAAACAAUUUUAUCUCCCCUCCCCCUUCGGACGGCAGAAAUUUCCUCUGUGGGGGGAGUAUGGAUCUUUUCGGGAACGACCCAAUCACAUUUUUCGCCAUUUUUGGGUGGCAUUUCAGCCGAAGUCUGCGAGAUAAGUCCACAUAACAGUGAUUUUUUAUAAUUUUUUUGGACAAAUGAUGGUAAAUUUGAUUUGUAAAUGGUUAGUAUAUUUUGAAAAAUUGCUUUUCACAUUGUUUUAAUUGUCUGCAUUGGUUAACGAGAAUUGGAUGUCACCCAAAAAUGGCGGAUAUUCGUCAUCGUGAGAAAGGUUAAUUAGUUUCAAAUUGUCUUUAGAUUAUUCAAGAGAGUGCUGGUAUAAGGAAAAAUUCAAUUUAGGAUUGGAUUUCCCAAACGUAAGUCCCAAAACCUAAACACAGUGGAACCCCACCUUACGUACCACCCUGUUAAUACUGUCUUUGUUAUGGCAACCUCUUAUUUUUGUCCCUGAAAAAUGCCAAGAUAAUACAUUUUUUUAUAAAGAUACAAAAUUAAUACAGCUAUAUCCUGUUUAAUACAGCCAUCCUCUUAAUUAACCCAAAUUUUUUCGUCCCAUCCUUGACCAUAUUAAUGCGGUUCCACUGUACUGGUACUUGAUUGUGUUUUAUCUUAAUGGUAACUUGUGCUAAUUACUGUUUUUUAGCUUCCAUAUUAUAUUGAUGGUGAUAUAAAAAUUACCCAGAGUUGUGCUGUAAGUACAUGGUUAUUUUUUAUGAAAGUUUACCCAUUAUUGAGCUGGAAUUAAUGCCCAAAUGCUCCCUACUGUACUUUAAUUGUUAUUUUACUUUGUUUAAUUUAACACCAGAUGAUUUAAUUUACUCAUCAAUGGUCUUAAGAGUCUUAGGCUAUACAUUAGUCUUAACUAUAUGCCAAUCUGUCUUGUUAACCCAUCAAGCUCAUCCAAAUGCAUCCUACUUUAUUAUUUUACUUUGUCUAACACCAGAUGAUUUUAUUCUGUCUAAUGCCAGACAAUUUUACUUGUCAAGAGUCUGAGAGUCUUGCACCUUAAUUAAUGAGUUCAGCCAGUUUCAGUUAUUAGUUAUAUAUGGUUAUUAUGCAAAAAUGAAUUAAAUUAACUUAUAUAUCUUGUAGAUUUUGAGACAUAUUGCUCGAAAACACAACUUGUGUAAGUCAAUGCCUCCUUUUAUAAACUCUGUUAUUAAUUUAUUGCUAUUGGUGAUUUUCUGGUAGUAUUAGUUUGAUUUAUUAUUGAUGACUGAUCCUUGCCAAUAUUUUGUAUUCAUUAAUUAAAAGGUGGUACAACGGAUGAGGAGAAAACGGUGGUUGAUAUUAUGGAAAAUUGUGUGAGUAUGAAGUUAUAUGAUUGUGUGAAGUAUUGUUAUAGGAUUGUACAUCAUAAUCUAUUCACCCCAAUGUGUUUUUCCUUACAGAUUGUUGACUUUCGCCAGGGAUUUACAUCAGUCUGCUAUAGUUCUGAAUUUGUAAGUCUUUAUACUAAGUACUGUAUAUGUGCAUAUUAGGCCGAAAUUUGGUACUUUAGGAGAGCCCAAAUAAUAUACUCCAGUUUUCACAUUGGAAACAAGAGUUUGGGGCCACAGCUUGGUUCUCAUGUAAAUUGUAAUGUACUGAGAAAACUAAACAAUCUUUGUUAUGUUUUCAAAGGAUAAACGUGUGGAUGGCUACAAAAAGAGUGUUGGAGAUAAAUUGGAACGUUUUGAAAAAUUCCUUGGUGACAAACCAUACCUUGCUGGUGACAAGGUGAGACUACUCGAGGACAAAAUGAUGAUAAUGGUCUCGAUUGUAAUGUGACAAUCUAAUUUAUGUUUUUUUUUAAAAAAAUUUUCAGUUGACCUAUCCUGAUUUCAUGCUGUAUGAAAUGAUCGAUCAACAUAAAAUCUUUGACAAAACUUUGAUGGAACCUUUCAAGAAAUUAUUGGUAUGUACUUUGCAUCAAUAGCCUUUACUGUUCAUUGCAUUUUUUUGCACCAUUUCGAUAUGAGAUGAAUGCUUCCAGCUUGACUGUAUGAAAUUGCAAAUUUUUCCAGGCACUCUGAACUAAUAAUCUAUUUAAUCUGUAGUAAUACUGGACCAUGUGCAUUGCAUAUGAAGAUCAUUUUUCAAAUAUUAUAGUCUUUCCUAUUCAUUUUCUAGGCUUUUGCUGAUAGAAUUGAGGUAUUUGAACAUAACACUUAUGUUUUUCUCUUUUACAAAUAUAGCAGUAGAGUUUGAUAGCUAUUUUUUUUUUCCAGGCUAUUCCCCAAAUUGCAACGUACAAGAAAUCAGACAAGUUUACAGAGCGUCCACUAAACAACCCAAUUGCAUCAUUUAAAUAAAUACUUGUUCUUAGUGCAUCAUGACAUCAUUUUUCAACAUUAUUCAGUGGUGAUAGCACCGGUAACUUAAAUUUGUAUUUGUAAUGUCAAAAAUCAAAAUUGGGAGCAUAAAAUAAAGUGCAAUUAAAAACAUUACAAUGUGGAUUUUACUGCCACUAUAGAUAUUAUUUCUCAAAUGUAGACUUGUCUGCAUUUAACCCAUUGUACACCAGGCCAGCACUCUCCCCUUGACAAGUCUAGCUUUAGACAUAGUAAAAUAAUAAAGUACUGUAGGGCGCAAUGCAAGUAGUCAAUAGUUUAAUAUAUAUGACACAUAUGUACAUACAUAAUAUGCUCAUAUGCUGUACAACUUACACGUCAUUGAUUUUAGUUUUGAUGAUCUACACACAAGACGAACAAUUUUUAUUUUAACAUUUUUCACAGUACUACAACUGCAACACAAUCUAAACUAAAAACACAUAGUUCUAUAAUAUGACUGUUCAGCUUUUUAUGUAAAAGCAAAGAGUACAGUAACCCACAAAUGUUUUGCAGAAUCAAUUUCUCUUGAGUGCAUCAAGUAUUUUCAAAAUCUCCAAGAAAAGAUUUAGAACGUCAAGGUACAGGUUGAUCGAUGCCAGGAUGUAUUCCUCAGGUGAUAAUUUAUGCAUGAGCAUAUGGGUGUCGUAGACGAUGAACAAUGAAAAUAAUACCGCACCACCAAUUGCAAUUGCCAGCUCCACAAUUUCACUUUGAAUGAAUAACUGCAAG